AUGUGUGAUCGAAAGGUCAUGAUCAAAAAUGCUGACAUGUCAGAGGAGAUGCAACAGGACUCGGUGGAGUGUGCGACUCAGGCAUUGGAGAACUACAACAUAGAGAAGGCCAUUGUGGCCCAUAUUAAAAAGGAGUUUGACAAGAAGGACAACCCCACCUGGCACUGCAUCGUGGGGAGGAACUUCGAUAGUUAUGUGAUACAUGAAACCGAACACUUCAACUACUUCUACCUGGGCCUGGUGGCCAUUCUUCUGUUCAAAUCUGUGUCACAUACCCAGGGAUCCAUCCAAAAACAAGGACUGCAGCCUAAAUUCCAAAUUCCAGAGACUGAAAUCUUCAGCCUUGCCUAG